UAUAUUUUGCAGAUUUGAAAACCGUAUUUUAAAAGGUACUUAAUUAUUGGCAAAUUUUGGUCAAUGGCUUCUUUCCUUGAGGAAGUAAUUUAAUAGCAUAUAUUCAGAAAUCUGUCUGGAUCUAAGGAAAUAGUGCAUAUAUAUAAAAACAAGUGAUUAAAUCCUUAAACGGUUAUAAGCAGGAGUGUUUCCGGCUUACAUGCGUGUGUAUGUACUAUACCGUUAAAGUUUGAUGAGAUAUUAAUAAGGAAGACACAGCUACGUAUCAGUUUCUACUCAUCAUUUUUACGCGUGACAUAGAAUCAUUGUUCCAUGAACAUUACUAUUUGAAUUAAUUUGUUAUUACGAAGGUGAGAAAUGGAUUCAUUUGUAAAAACAGAGGUAGGGUGACAAUCUAAAACUGUAAUGAACUUGUAUUCUUUCUCACAAUUAUGUGAUAUUUGGAACUAUCAGCUGUGGUUAUUUUACCUAUGAUUUAAAUUUUGAUAGUAAUUUAACAAAGUUAUGCGUUUUUACAUUGAUUUAAACUUAUAACCGAGAUUUUAAACGGUAUUAAAAAUAAGGAUGUAAUUAGUGACAGAAGAUACUAGUUUCUAUAAAUCGUUUCUCAGAAACUGUAUUCUACAGAGUGAAAAUAUUGACAAAAUAUUAAGUUAUAGUCAUUUAACUGACUUGAUACGAAGAGGAUGAAUCAAUCGUGGGGAUAUGAAGAAGGAGUGUAUAGUCUCCAAGAGAUAUGCUAUAAACAUCCUCCUCCAGUGGUUGUCCAGUGUGAUAUAGCAAGUUCAGAGGUUACAGCUGAAAGCGCUUCUUUCGAUUUUUCACAACCAUUACUUAUAUAUAGGCAGAGGAAUAUUAACAAGAUAAAUGCUCAAAAUGUUCAGAGGGAUUUAUUUAGAGAGACGGGACCUCCUCUUGUUAUACCAGAGGAUUAUAAAGGAUGGUUUGCAGUUCUACAGAAAAAGCGCAUAAAUCCAGCUACAUUAGGGCACAACGUUAUGGAGUACAAACUAGUGUCUGACCUUUCGAAUUCUGAUACACAGACGUUUCUUAUUGGUGGGUCAGAGCAAGUGCACGCAUUCCAAGUAUCGAUCAGUUGUGAUGGAAAAACUCAGCACCAACAGCGAAGUCUAUUCCCUGGCGAAGUUUUACGUAAAGGUAAAAUAUAUGUUGGAGAAAGUAGGCGUAAAUCUGGUUUAUUUCGAAGAUCCAAAUUAAAACAGGAAUACUACUUGUUAUGCACUGAUGAAUGUGAACGAGAAAUAUUACUUCCGUUCAACCAAAAAGGUUUAUUUUAUACAUUAACGACCCAGAGCGGUCGAAUGCCUUGUCCUGUCUUACACAUGAAAGAUAUACUUGAUAAAAAGUACCUACCAGCCACCACCAAACUGCUUUUUGGAAGAGUGCCUAUUGUGGAAUGUGGAUUUACUGGAAUAUUACGUCUUGAACACUCACAUUUUGAAAGAUCAGUUAUUGCAUGUACAACUUCCGAGAAGAAUACCUUUGUCGAAUUACCGAUAAAUUGCUCUUUGAAAUUCCGAAUAUUUGAAAUGAACGAUGAUGUAGUUCAAUCAGAUAUAUAUAAACGUGCUUUUGCUUUGUGUAAUGAGAAAGCAUAUUUGUACAUGAGUGGAAUCAAAGUAUAUCAUAGUAUAGACGAAACAGUCUUAUUAGAGGAUGAAGUAGCAAAUGAUAUGCCACCCAGCCCUCAUAUUUUGAGGACGAAAAAACCAGCCGAUCCCUCUGCAGACGACAAUAGAGAGUCUGGUUAUAUCGAAAUGAGGGAUAGUUUGGAAUUUACAGAGGAAGCGUCCUAUAUUGACAUGAGGGAUAGUCUCUCAUGUAGCAGUUCGAUUUCAAUAGAUUUCGAUGAAAUGGAUUAUGUGCUUCCGAGCGGUAGAAACAUUUUACAUGAUUCUCUUCGAAGAAGUAGUUCAAAGGAUAAUAGUAAAACAAAUACUUUGACGAAGCAUCAGUCAAACCGUUCUCCGCCACCGUCGUGUUCUCCACCUCCAUUACCAACAGCAUGUGCUGGACCGCCAGAUCACGCGUAUCUUGACCUGGAUAGUGGUAUAUCUGAUGGAAUACCUUCAAAUACUUCACAUGACCGUGCAAGUGUUCGAAUUGAAAGGGUACAUUCUGAUAAAAUUUACGAUAUACCCCGCAUUCCUAGACGUCUCAGUGCACCAGAACCGAUUGACAUGUACUCUAUGAGAAUUAAGAGACCAACAUCUUUAGAUAUACUGCCUGAGGCUAAUUCAGGAGAGGCCAUUAAAUACGAAAAUUUUUCAAUAUUGCGAGAAGUUGUGCCAAAACCAUGUGGCAUUUUAAGGCCAGGACAGAAUCGAAAACCAUUGGAACCUAUUUAUAGUGAUGUUCCUAGUAACACAGCAAUACACCAUGUACUAGAACAAGAAGAACAUUUAAAUGUCUUACAAGACAUUGAUACAGAAACAAUAACUACUGCGGUCGAAACAGAAAUACCACCUGUAACACAAGAUUUCAACAAAAAUAACUGUGACGUAAAAACUGAAGACGCAAUUGAAAAUGAAACGAAAACUUUUGUCUCAGCUAAUGUUGAGUCUGAAGUGCCAAACUGUCAUGACGAUGAAAAAAAGACUUCAGCAUUAAAUAAGGAAAUAAAUGUGCCACACUGUCAGUACGAUGAAAAUACUUCAGAAUUUAAUGAGGAAAUAGAUGUGCCACAAUGUGAGAACGAUGAAAAUACUUCAGCAUUAAAUGAGGAAAUAGAUGUGCCACAAUGCCAGGACGAUAAAGAGUUGUCAGCAUUAAAUAAGGAAAUUGACGAGGAGCACUGUCAGGACGAUAAAGAGGUGUUACCAUCAAAUGAGGGAACAGAUAUUUCUUCUCCAAACAAAGCUGCUGCUCGAGAAAAACAAUUCGGAACAGAUGAAAAUGAACAAUUGGAAGAAAAUGGUUCAUUUUGUACGAGUGAAAUUAGUGAUCAGAUAUUAGAACAGUGUGAUGAAAUACGAACAAAUAUUGACACUAAGCAUAAUCAACAGACAUCGGAUAAUGAAAGUCUGUACACUGAACAAUCAACCAGGAUUGAUGAAGUCAUAUUAUUAGAAUCUACACCUACAGUAACUGAACUCAUUUCAAGUGAUCAGUAUGCGCAUGCACCAUUUGAUGACAUCAAAAUCAAUCCAGACACAAAGAACUGCAAUACUGAUAGGUGCGAAAAUGAAAAAGAAGAAAUAAACGCUUGCUCAAAUCACACUAAUAUAACUAGUUUAACCGAGGACAGUGGAGUCAAAUAUUUGGAGGACAGAACGGGUAGUACGAUCGAAAAUAAUACUUUAGAUAAAUUAGAAUGUACACUUACUUAUGAUGAGAAUAAUAUGUCUGAGCAACUAAUUAUGAGUCAAAGUCAUGUUUGUCCUUCCACUCAAAACAACGGAAACGAUAUAGAACAUCAAAGUGAAAACAUUGCAAGUGUUCUUCAAGGACAUGGUAGUGAUAAUUACAUAAAUGAUCAUAUUCCCCCUUCAGAAAACGACAAAAUAUCAAAGAGCGAUAUGUCUGUCAACAUCGUCUCACAAACCUCUAACACUGAGGAAAAUUUACUUGAAACAAAUAAUGGAAAAUUAACCAUUGACGUAUCUCAUAUAUAUGACGAAAUACAAGCAACUGUUACUCCGCCACCAUCAGCCUGUCUGGCUGAACCUUUAUCAGGAACUGUGGGUGAAAAUAUUUUCCUAAAAACUAGUCCUCAGAAUUCAGAACAUAAACAAAUCUCAAACGCCUAUCAUACAAUGACUUCAUCGUCAAUACCAAAUUCUGCCAUGAAUGAAUUGAAAAGUGAAAUUGACCUGUCUACAAUUGAUCCUAAAUUUGACUCAUAUGCGGUUAAAGCAUCAACAUCCUUGAUUGAAAAUAGUGAACAAAAGAGUGCGCCUGUAUCUGACAACAUAAAUGCUUCAAAUGAGAACAAAAUUUCUAUGGGUAAUGAUACUGACACAGUUGUGACUCAGUUUGAGGAUGAUAAAGUUAAAGGUGAAUUAAACACAUCAAUAUGUUUAGAAUCUGAAAUGCAAAGUGCUGCAAUGGUUGAAAAAACUAAAGGCGAGUGUCCAGAUAAUACACAUGAAGAAACGUGUCAAACGCAGUCAAUAUUUCAUGCAGAAAUAUUUUUUCAAGAAACAAAACUUUCAGACGAUAAAGUGCAACAGCUACAACAAACUGAAAACGAGCAAAUACAUCUAAAAACGCUAACAUCAGAGGAACAAAAUAGUAUCGUAGAAAUAGUGAGGGACAAUGUCCAUACAAUCAGACAAUCAAAAUACGGUGCUAGUCAGGAAACAAACGAUGCAGAGAGAGAAACAGUGAGUUUGAUUUAUGAAAAUAUUCAAAGUUCAAAAUCCUCGCAUAAUUCGUCGAAAUCCGACAAUGAUAAUAUUAUUUCAAAUAUUCACGAAGAGGUCUGCGACGAACACCUUGAAGAUAAGAAUGAUGACAACUUGUUCAAAAUUUCUACUUAUGAAAUCGUAGCUGGCUUUAGAAAACUUGGGAUAAGGAAAAGUGUAAUUGAUAUUGUGCAGCAACGCAGUCUUCAAGGAUCAAACUUAAAAGAUAUUCAAAAUCUUGGAGAAAUUUUCCCUGGAAUAUCGUGCAUUGACAAGCGAAAAAUUAGUAUGUUUUUGCAAGGCAUGAUGCAAAAUUCUGAUUCUUCGGGAAAACACAAUUCGACAGAACCAAUAUGGGUUUAAACUGCAUUUUAAAUUUCGAAUAAGUCAGAAAUUACUGAUUGUGAUAUCCAUUUUGAGUUCCUAUUGCAGACAAUUAAUUUGAAUAGCCAAUAAAUGACAAUCAGACAGUAUUAUAAAAGAAUUAUAUAUCAUUAUUCUUUGCUAACAUUUGUUUUUUAGGAAUAGACCGGAUUCUUAUACCAAAGAAACUUGUAUUGUGUUUUGUGCGAGUUUUUUAUUUUUUAAUUUGAAAUAAUAUGUGCUUGUACUAUAGUACUGCUACAUUUAUAUCUUAAUAAUGCUGUGUUUGUUUUA